CAUGUCCAUUAUCGUAAUUUUUCAGCUUACAAGAAGCAGAGAUUUAAAGCCGAACGAAAAGGCAAUCUGGAAAAUGAAGCUAGGGUCUCAAACUACAUUGGUGACAUCUAUGAAAAAUAUGGAGAAUUUGAGACAGCUGUCGAGGAGCAUGAAAGAGCCCUCAGACUGAGGGAAGUACUGGGUAGGAAGAUUGAUAUUGCUGUGGCAUUCAGAACACUAGGAGAGUGUUACUGCAAGAAGAAAGACUAUGAAAAAGCACACAGUUUACAUGAGAAAUAUCUGUCAUUGGCAAGAGAAUGUGACGACUUAGUAGAAAAACAGCGAGCCCUCACCACCAUUGGUAACACCUUUCUGGAACAGAGUAAUGAGAGGUCAUUCAGCAUGAAGACGAGGAGGGGAGCCAGUAAGAAAGCAGAAAAUGUCUAUUUGAAAAGUCUCGAGAUAUGUGAUCAGCUAAAAGCCACCAUUGAUGAGAAAGAAUUUAUUGACAUGAAGGCUAGAAAUUUUUAUAACUUAGGUCUGGUGUAUGAUGGGUUAGAAGAUUCAGACACCAGUAGGCAGUACCUAAAUAAAGCUUUGUCUUUAUGUCAGAAACAUUACCUAUUAGAUAUGUUAUAUGUAUGUCAGAAGGCUUUAGGAGAUAUCUACCUCAAAUGCAAUAAGUUGGAGGAUGCUGGGAAAUUUCUAGAUGAGGCGUACACAACUGCUAAGAAACUGAAAAAUAAAGCAUUGGAGACAGAUGCUCUUUGGCUCAAAAUGCAGAAAGUAUCAAAGUAUAGAAUUUGCAACCUUAUUAAAGUUAUCUGCAUCUCUAAAUGCUGGCUGAAUCAAUUCUGUUUUUCAAUAGAAGAAUUUUUUUCAUUUGUAAUUUCAGUUCUAUGUAUGGAGAAAACUAUGGAAUCUAUGAGAAAGAUAAAUAAAGAAGACCUGUUAGGGAGGAUACCCCACUAUGAUAAACUAGGUGAUUGUGCUGUAGACCUGAAGAUGUAUGAUCUAGCUAUAUCAUACUACAAUAAAGUGCUGACAGCAAGUAUUGCAGUUAACAAGGAGAGAAAAGAGUUGAUACCAACAUACAUUUCCCUCGCACAGACGUACAGUGACUGCUUCCAGUACGAUAAAGCUAUAGUGUAUUAUAAAAAGGAAAUAGAAUGCUACGGGGAUGAUAAUCAUGAACAGAUAUGUAGGAGCUGGUUAAAUAUAGCAGCUUACGAGGAGAAGAAUGAUGUGGAUUACAAAAAAGUACAGAACUCGUAUGUUAAUGCACAUAAUGCAGCCAAAAAGGCAGGGAAUAGGAGGCUUCAGAGUCAUUCAGGAGUCUUGAGGCUUGUUGGCUUGAGUUUCACUUCUCUUUCACUACAGUGUCGAGCAUUGAGUUGUCUGGUAGAACUAUUCAAAAUCCACAAAGAUGAGAAGUCACUGAAGAAAGCAAAGGAUCAGUUAGACCAUAUAAAAUCAAAGUAUAACAUUGUGGACAUGGAAUAUGAAGAAGAAAGUCAGGUUACAGAAGAUGAUGAUACAGAUUUUGGAGACUUUGUGAACACUGAAGAUGAAGUGGAAAUGUCCGAUUUGACAGAAUCUGAAGAAGAUGAGGAGAUGGUUGUGAAAACUGUGAGAAUGGCAAGGAGGAAUGGAAAACGAGUAAAGGAGCAAAAAAGGAAUGAUUUUGGAGAGACUCCAUUACACCGUGCAUGUAUCAAGGGGGAAUUGCAGAAAGUUAAGCAGUUGAUUGCAGAGGGUCACCCAGUAAAUGUUCAGGAUAACAGUGGUUGGAUUCCCUUGCAUGAGGCUGCAAACAACAACUGGUAUGACAUCACAGAGUACCUGUUACAACAUGGGGCAGACAUCAAUCAUAGAGGCGGACCUAAAUGUCAGGGAAUGACACCUCUAAUUGAUGCAGCCAGUGUUGGAUGGCUGGAUAUUGUGGAACUGUUACUAAAAUAUGGGGCAAAUGCUCUUGCGAAAGAUGAUCAUCAAAUGACAGCUUUAGAUCAUUUGAUGAAGUUGCGAGAAGAAAAUGGCGAGGUGGAUAGAAAAACAGAGAUACAGUUUAAUAAUAUUAUAGGAAUGUUGAGAGAGAAAACUCCUGUCUAUAGAGGAACUUCAAGGAACAAAGUUUUAACACAGUCUAAACCAGCUGCUCUGGUUCCAGAGUCUGAAAGCUAUAGUCAGAAUUUGCCAACAAUUACACGGAAGCCAAAGGCUGAUAAAAAACGACAAUCUAGAAACGAUGUGAUUGUUGACAGUGACUCGGACAGUGAUGGCUCCUUGAUUAGAAAUUCCAGAAACAAAAGUCGCAGUCCUGUGCAUAUGGAUACUGAAAAUAGUUAUCAAAGCUUCUCUGAUGAUCCUGAUGAUUAUGAUCAGUGUGCCACAGAUGCUUACAAGCAAGCAAUAUCUAAAGUAGGCCGGUCAGCAUGCAGGGCUAACCAGUCUUCACAACCAAAGUCUUCAAGAAGAACAAGUAAUCCAGAUGGGCCUGCACUUAUUGCAGAGGAAGACUUUAUAGAGAAUGACUGGUUAAUUGAUGAUCUUAAACCCACAAAAGCAAAAAAGGUUGAUGUAAAUGGAUAUCUGUCAACCGGAAAUAUCCGGAAACGCAGUCGGUCAGGCUCAUUAAGUCCGUUACCCUACCCUGAAAGACUUAAAAGAGAUUCUCACAGUAGUCAGAAGAAACGGAUAAAAAUUGUUGAAUCAGACUCGGAGAGUGAAUCUGGGGUAGGUCAAGAACUAGGUAGUAAUGAAAAUCCUAGAUUAACCGAUAUUACAAAUACUGUUAGUGAUGACAAAUUAGACAACACUGUGAUAGGAAAUAAUGAUGUUGAUGUUAUAUUUAACGAUUAUGAUUCUGAUGCAGAAAAAGUUCCUCCAAAACAACUGAUCAGUGCAACAAAAAGUGCUAAUAAUAAUUUUUUUGUUAAGAAAAAUCCUCAAAAACAACUGAAACUGACAGAUUUUGGUGGUUCUAUCACUACAGCAACCACCAGAACACAUUUCAAUGAUAGAAUAGGUACACAGUCUGAGCAAAAUAGUGCAAUAAUUAUAAACCAGUCUGUGGGAGAAUCUAAUAGUGCUAUAAACAGGGAGAAACCGUUAAAUAAUGUAAUUAGAGUAAAAGUGAAUGUUGAAGGUGUUUUAUUACUGAUCCCUGUAGUUGACAACGAUGGAACAAAAACAUUUUCAUGGCUAGCUGAGGAAGCUGCCACAAGAUAUUAUAAAAUGCGAGGAGUGAAAUUGAAACUGACACUUGGCAAAGAUGGCGCUCAUUUUUCACCUGAAGACCUAGUUAGUCUUUUGCUGGUGGAUAAUGAUUUGGUAGAAAGCUUUGUAGACAGUAAAGAUGAACAACCGCCUAUGGCUGAAAGUUACAAAAAUGCCUGCAGUACCCUUAAAACAGUAUGCUACAAGAAUGUGUCAAUGUUACUACAGUCCUGUGAGGUAUCGGGCAAGCUGUGUUUGGGUGACCUUGCACUGAGGCCAACAAGAUUUCAGCCUGUAGUAAGGGCUAUACAGCAUCAGACAUGUCUCAGGGAACUGGAUUUGAAAGGUAACAGAAUAUGUGAUACAGGACUAGAGAAUCUGUGUAAAGUGUUAAAUACUGUACCAAAUCUUGUCUACCUCGGACUGGCGUGUAAUGAUUGA